UUCUGCUUAGAAUUUGAGCAAUAAUCUCUCUUCCUCUCCUUCUCCCUUGUUUAAUACUGUCUCUCUCAGUAAGCAAGGAUGGCGGCUAAGAGGCUUUUUGAUGAAUCUCGUAAAGAACCAGACAAGCCAGAUCCCAAAAGAAUGAGAACUACACCUUCUUUUGCUGCUGUAAUUGGAGAAGUUGUGAUGGUGAAAUCAUUCCAGAGAUUUGUUUCAUCAUUGGAGCCAUUGCUUAGAAGAGUGGUGCACGAAGAAGUGGAACGUGGGCUUGUAUGCAGUACACGUUCUCUCUAUAGGGCCCCCUCAUUGCAAAUUCGAGCAGUUGCUGAAUCCUCUACCUUAACACUUAGCUUCAGUAAAAAGCUCUUAAUCCCUGUGUUCACUGCAAGUAAAAUUGAAGAUGUGGAAAAUAACCCACUUCAAAUCCUCCUCAUGGACACCCAAGGUGAUCCAAGGGUUCCGACCACUUUACCUUAUCCCAUCAAAGUAGAGAUAGUCGCUAUUGACGGCGAUUUCCCGUCGUCCAAUGACAAUGACAAUUGGAGUAGUGAACAGUUUAACAGCAAAAUUGUGCGAGAAAGAGUGGGGAAGAGGCCGUUGCUCGCCGGAGAUGUGAAUGUGACAGUGAGGGACGGUAUUGCUACCAUUUCUGAUUUAUUAUUCACCGAUAAUUCGAGUUGGAUUCGAAGUCGAAAAUUCAGAUUGGGUGCAAGAGUGGUUCCAGGGAGUUGUCAUCAAGGGGUUAGGAUACGCGAAGCCAUGACAGAACCCUUCAUGGUUAAAGAUCAUCGAGGAGAAUUGUACAAGAAGCACCAUCCACCAUCCCUAGAAGAUGAAGUAUGGCGUCUAGAGAGAAUUGGCAAAGAUGGAGCCUUGCACAAGAAGCUGGCCUUGGAAGGAAUCAACACUGUCCAAGACUUCUUGAAGCUUUGGGUUGUUGAUACAGCAAAGCUUAGAAGGCUCUUAGGUGGAGGGUUGUCGGAGAAGAAAUGGGAAGCAACAAUAAAGCAUGCCAAGACUUGUGUGAUGGGCAACAAGUUGUACAUGUUCCGUGGAACACAUUACUCUCUUGUCUUGAAUCCUAUAUGUCAAGUUGUAGGGACUAUGCUCGACGGCCAAUUCUACAACACCAGCGGUCUAACCGGAUUUCAGAGGGCUCAUUUUGAGAAGUUGAUUAGAGAAGCCUAUACACAUUGGGGUUCAUUGGAAGAGUUGGAUGCAGUGGUCACUAUGAAUGCUUUGCAACCAAUACAAACAAGUGGUGUGGAGUUACAGUACUUGAAUUAUCAUCAAAACAUUCCAAGAAUAAAUCAGCACCCCGACGCUCUCAUUACUGAUACGCUUCUUGAGAUGCCUAAUGGAGAGAUGGAAUCUGGUGAUAAUUGGCCACAAAAUUCAACAUAUUUCAGCUCCCAAAUUGGAGAUGGAAAUGUUUAUAACAUGUCGGAUUCUUCAUCAGAAGGUGAUUCAACGCCAUCACGGGCUUACUUCCGUUGAAUCAAGUCGGAAAAUGUACAUAAGGUUACAACAUGCUU